AUGCCCUCCAUUGGCCGCGUCUCGGCGUCUCUGUUACGCGUAGACAACCCUGGUCGGAGUUUGACUCUCGCCUUCUGGCUCUGGAAAGCUCUCAUAUUCUUCGUGGUGGUCGCCUGUCCAGGUCCGGGCUAUGACACCUCCACCACAUUGAUCUCCGACCAGCAGGCCGGUCUGGCCCCCGACAGCCAGGCCGUGUCGCUUCCCUUCACAUUCAAGUUCGCCCGAUGGGAUGCCAUUUACUUUCUGCACACCGCGGAAAAUGGCUACAUCUUCGAGCAAGAGUGGGCCUUCAGUUAUCCCCGAGUCCUCGGGUUCUUUCUUUCGGGUAAGUUUUCAAUGGUUGCUCCGAUGGCCGACUGCCUCGCCCCAAUCUCGGGAGAUCAUAUCACUGAUCGGUCAUCAGGAAUUCGCAGAUCCGGUGGCCAGGGUGGGCCUGUCACAGCUGCAUUGAUCGGCGUGGCCUUGUCCCACGUCGCGCAUUAUCUCUCCGUGCUAGCCCUGUAUGGGCUUUCUGCCAACGUCUUUGGUCAUGCAACGGCCACCCAGAGGCUAAUUUGCUUCUUGUCGGCUGCUCUGCACAUCAUCUGUCCGGCAGGUGCCUUUCUCUCUGCACCGUACGGAGAAUCCAUCUUCUCCUUUCUGAAUAUCUCGGGCUUCUAUUUGUACACGUCGUCCCUCAUCGCCGAGCAUAAUGGGGCGAUCCGCUUCCGGGAUAUUCUGGUGCUCACGGCAGGCGUGCUUUUUGGUCUUGCGACCCUCGUCCGCAGUAACGGAAUUCUGAGCGGAUUCUUGUUUGCUUACGAUGCUGCUAUCUUGUCUUGGACCGCCCUUACUCAAGGUAUCCCUUACCGCACUAUUCGUCGGCUAGUGGUUAUCAUCCUAGGUGGAUCCAUCGUAGCGUUGGGGAUGAUUGUCCCCCAAAUAUUCGCCUACCGCAGCUAUUGCAUGGUGGAAACUAGCGCCCGACCUUGGUGCAACUGGCCUCUUCCUAGUAUCUAUAGCUGGGUCCAGGGUCAUUAUUGGAAUGUCGGGUUUUUGAGAUAUUGGACAAUUUCCAACAUCCCCCUCUUUCUUCUUGCUGCGCCAGUCUUGGCGAUUUUGGUCAAGUCAUCGUGGUGGGCGCUUCAAGCUCCAUCGACGUUGGCUUCUGGAUCUGGCGGUCAUUCGUCUUCCCCAGUGAGUCCAGGGUCGAUGCUGUUUCGGUUGGCUGUCCCCCAGGGACUGCUGGCGGUCAUGGCCUUGACGAGCUAUCAUGUCCAGAUUAUCAAUCGUAUUUCGUCGGGGUACCCUUUGUGGUACUGGUGGUUGGUGUCGACCGCCAUGGAUAGCCUGCACGAUCCCCGCAAGAGCUACCGCAUUCUGUCGGUCACGGGCCAAGCGAUGUUGGCGGCUCCGCUUGUGCCCGGGUGUGCCGCUUGCGUAAUGGACCGGCUGCCUAAGUUGGCUGAGGCGUACUGGUGA